GAAACAUGUUUUUGGUUUCCUCUUUUCAUCGACCACAUGGUCUUUCGGCUCAAAAAGUGUAAGUGGCUAUAAUAGAUUAAACUCAUCAUCGUGAAUACAGCUGGUUUGUGUCGUUUAGUGUUGACUAAGAAUAAUCAAGUACUUGGUCUUCAGUUGCGUUCUAAGCAAAAACACAUUCGCAUAUACAGAUCAGUUUGAAGAAAAGCGAUUUUCAAGAGGAGACUUAUGGCUGAGGCACUUUUACCGUUUGCAGUGGAGAGGCUUUGGAACCUCCUUGUCCGAGAAACUGGGAGAUUUCAAGGAGUUGAAGAGCAGUUCGAGGGAUUAAAGAGUGAUGUUAAGAAGUUAAGGUUUUUUCUGGAAGAUGCAGAGGCCAAAAAACAUACAAGUGCCUUGGUGAAAGACACUAUCAAAGAGAUCAACGAAGUUGUUUUGGACGCAGAAGAUAUCAUCGAAACCUUUCUUCUAAAGAAAGAACUAGGAGAAUCAAGCAGCAGCAGCGUCAAAAGAUUUGCAUAUGCUAGUGUGAAAAGCAUGGUGCUUGGGUUUGAUAUGAAAACCAUAAGCAAGAGGAUCUCUAAGGUGAUCCUUGAUAUGCAGAAAUUUGGCGUUCAGAAUGCCAUUGUCAAUGAAGAGGAUAUGAAGUCUGUACAGUUAAGAGAAAGAAAAAUGCGAGAAAUGUUUUGUAUCGUUGACGAAAAGGUUUACAGUGUUUUGUAUCUGAGUUCCGAAGAGCUGCCUGCCUAUUUGAAGCAGUGCUUCCUUUACCUUGCUAGUUUUCCAGAAGAUUAUAAAAUAGAUGUGGAGAAACUGUCCUAUUACUGGGCUGCAGAAGGAAUACUAAUGCCAAUGUAUUUCGAUGGAGUGAGCAUUCGACAUAUUGCAGAUAUAUGCAUAGAAGAAUUGGUGAAGAGACACAUGGUUAUUUCUGAAAGAUAUGUUAAAACUUUAAGAUUUGAAACACUUCAGUUGCAUGACAUGAUGAGAGAAGUUUGUUUACGCAAAGCUGAAGAAGAGAAUUUCGUACAGACCAUCGACACAUCAACUGCAAAUUCGAAAUCUCCUAGUAAAUCUCGCAGACUUGCUGUUGUACGUUGGGGUGGUGAAACAUUUAGUGUUGAUAAGGAGGUGAAGAAUCCAAGCCUUAGAACUCUCUUGUUUAUCAAGUGCAGCAGAUGGAAGGCAACAAGUUUAUUCUUUACAAUGCAUAAGCUGAUGAGAGUGUUAGAUCUCUCAGGGGUCGAUUUUGAAGGAGGGAAGGUACCCUCUAGCAUCGGGAAGCUCAUCCACUUGAGAUAUCUUAGUUUAUAUGAGGCACAUGUAACUCAACUGCCUUCUUCUAUGCGCAAUCUGAAGAAGCUUCUCUAUUUAAACCUAGCUGUGUAUGUUGAAGUCUACAUGCCCAACAAUAUCUUGAAUGAGAUGCGAGAAUUAACAUUCUUGUGUUUGCCGGAGAGAUUACAUGUUAAGACAAAGUUGGAAUUGGAAAAUUUGGUCAAGCUGGAGACGUUGAAGAAUUUCUGCACAGAACAUGGGCGAGUGACGGAUCUACAGGGUUUGACACGGCUCAGAUCUCUCUCUAUCUAUAUUACAGACGAGAGGUAUACUAUGGAAACUCUAUCUUCAUCUCUAAGUAAACUUUCACACUUGGAGAGUCUUACAAUAUAUAACAAGUUUUAUACUCCGACGAAUGAUGAUGAAGAAGGAUUUGUUUGGGAUUUUGUUAAUCUCAAACAGCUGAAGUUGGAGAUAUAUAUGCCAAGGUUACCUGAUGCGCAAUGCUUUCCUUCUCACCUUACAACCAUUGAGCUAACUUAUUGUUGUUUGAAGGAGGAUCCAAUGCCGAUUCUAGAGAAGUUGCUUCACUUGAAAGAGAUUUGUUUAGGGGGUACAUCUUUCUGUGGGAGGAGAAUGGUUUGCUCAAGUGAUGGGUUUACUCAAUUGCAGAAGCUAAUAUUUGGGGGAUUAACGGAGUGGGAAGAGUGGAUAGUAGAAGAAGGCUCGAUGCCCCUUCUCCAUACUCUUGAUAUUGGGUCUUGCAAAAAAUUAAAGGAGCUUCCUUAUAUGCUCCGAUUCAUCACUAACUUAGAGGAUCUGAGUGUUCAUGAUAUGGGAGAUGAAUUCAAUUUGAGAUUGUCGGAAGGAUACUUUCCUUCUCACCUUACAACCAUAUCUCUAAGUGGUUGUUGUUUGACAGAGGACCCAAUGCCUAUUUUAGAGAAGCUUCUUCAGUUGAAAGAGGUUAUAUUAAAGAACAACUCUUUUUGUGGGAGGAGAAUGGUUUGCUCGAGGGAUGGGUUUCCUCAAUUGCAGAAGCUACAAUUAGAGGGAUUAGAGGAGUGGGAAGAGUGGAUAAUAGAAGAAGGCUCCAUGCCCCUUCUCCACACUCUGAGAUUUGGCCGUUGUCUAAAGUUAAAGGAGCUUCCUGAUGGGCUGCGAUUCAUCACUUCCUUAAAGAGUCUAAUUUGUCAUGAUAUGGGAAAGAGAUGGGAGAAGAGACUUUCAGAUGGAGGAGAAGAUUAUUACAAAGUCCAACACAUCCCUUCUGUUCAGUUCGAUGAUAGUGAGCCAGACAGCAGCUGAAGGAGACUCUCAGCAAUUACGGACUAUCAGUGGCAACAGAGAACUUACAAGUGAAACAUACUCGCACACUGAGUGAAGCUGUUCGAUGAAGUGUCUAACUGAGACACUUGAUCUUCUGCAAUGCUUUAAGUUUGCCUAGAGAGAUAAAGAAAUGUAUUUAGGGAGUUGAAGCUGUUCGACGAAGGUUGUCAUGUACCUUUUUCUACUGAAAGAGGUGAAAUAUGUUAAGAUUUUUAUAUAUUAGUAUUCUCUUUACAUUUUCUU